AUGUCCAAGAAAAGCCAUUUCAGCACCUUGUAUCCGGGUUCGAAGCUUUGCAAAGGUGGUCCACGAAUCAUGACCGCAGGCGCAUUCCUUCAAUCAAAGAAAGAAGAUGCUGCCGCAGUGAAGAUUCAAGCCAGCUAUAGAAGUUUUAGAAGCCGCCAGAAGAUCAAGAGGCAGGUGAAAGAAAGCACGGCGGCAGUACCUGAAUCGCCAGGCAAAAGUUCAAUCCUGUCGAACACGCAGACGGUUUCGAGCAACGUUUCGUCAAAUGCCAACGAUACAGAAAUCGGCAACGAAACCAACAACACCAACGACAAUGAGUCGCCCAAAUCACAGCUCGACUGCGUAUACAAAAUAGUGGUAUUUACAGGCAACCGCUGGGCAGCUGACUGUGAUGCCGACUUAUAUGUAAUUCUCUAUGGAAUAAUCGGAUCAUCAGAGAAGCAGUGGCUGAAACAGGAUCCUAACGUUUCAAGAUUCAAGCAAAAUCAGGUAGUGUAA